CCCAUCUAGCUGUACCACCUCGUCUCGCCCAGAUUCCGACCAUGAGUCGAGCACAUCAGCCCGAUCUUAAAAAAUAUCUGGAUAAGCGUUUAAAGCUGAAGUUGAAUGGCAAUCGUGAAGUGGUCGGAGUGUUGCGCGGUUUCGACGCUUUUAUGAACGUUGUUAUCAACGAUGCGAUGGAAGUAACUAAGGAUGGACAGCAAGCACGAAUCGAUAUGGCUGUCAUCCGCGGCAAUAGUAUCACCACUCUGGAGGCCAUUGACCGUGUUUAAACUGCACCUUUUACGAUGCUUGUACAGCUAAUCGCUUUGUCCUUGUUUUUAUAACAAAUCUUUGUCCAUGUGA